AUGUUUUGUUUGUUUUGGGUGAAAGUGAUCUUCCGUAAGGGAGGUGACGAAAGGGACGAAAGUAUGGCUACGUCGUGGACGCUGAAAAGGUGGGGGGAGAUGUAUGGGGUGCCUGAGUCGGCGUAUGAGGUGGCAGCUGGAGUCCGCUCAGUAGAGGCUGUUCUAUACCAUAACCCUGUUGCCGGUCCGCUAUGCGGACUUGCAGUGUUACUCAGCUCGCAUAUUUUUCUCACCGAAGGCGCAAGUGGUCGNGCCUUUCCACGCGAGCAAACUUCCCCCUGUGUCUGUGCCUGCGACACAUGA